CGUCGGUAAGGGUGUCGAGCCCAGCUCGCGCUGGAAUACGGCAACAGCGAAUAUAUACAGUAUUUUUUUUUACACAUAUACAUAUAUAUAUAUAUAUGUAUAUAUAUAUAUAUAUAAAACACAUUAAAAGAAACGGAUGUGCCUCCGAAAACGAAACGGAUACCGUCCACCUGAUCAUUUUAAUGCAAAAAAAUGGAGAGGUCCGUGGCCAAAGAGGGGAUGACAUGCAUGUUCCGAGGCUGUUGACAUCGCUGAGGAUUAGAAGACCAAUAGGCUGCCAAGAGCUGUCAAGCCAUGAUGGACAUACUGUACACAGGCCCUGUCCCAGCAGACGGAGGGUCUCCAAUGACUGUCAGAGAGAUGUCGCCCAGCCAACGGCAGACCAACACUCAGAGACCUAACACAUGCUGCUUCUGCUGGUGUUGCUGCUGUAGCUGCUCCUGUUUCACUGUUAGGAAUGAAGAGGACAGAAGGAGGAAAUCCCUGGAGACGCAUCUGGAGACCAUAUCAAACUGUGAACCAAGCACCAAACCAACAUUAGAGGAGAUUAGCGUUUGGUCCCAGUCGUUCGACAAGCUGAUGAAGAAUCCUGCAGGUCGGAACGUGUUCAGGGAGUUCUUAAGGACUGAGUACAGCGAGGAGAACAUGUUGUUCUGGCUGGCCUGUGAAGACCUCAAACAGGAGAUGAACAAGAACACAGUAGAGGAGAAGGCACGCAUGAUCUACGAGGACUACAUCUCUGUCCUGUCUCCCAAAGAGGUGAGUCUGGACUCCCGGGUGAGAGAGGUGAUUAACAGGAAGAUACAGGAGCCUACGCCCUACACCUUUGAGGACGCCCAGCUUCAGAUCUAUACCUUAAUGCACAGAGACUCCUAUCCUCGCUUCCUCAACUCGUCUCUCUACAGAUCACUGGUUCACCCAGGCUCCCGCACCUCCUCAGAGUCCUAGGCUCACCCAGGCUCCUGCACCUCCUUAGAGUCCUAUCGUCACCCAGGCUCCCACACCUCCUCGGAGUCCUAGGCUCACCCAGGCUCCAGCACCUCCUCAGAGUCCUAUCUUCACCCAGGCUCCCACACCUCCUCAGAGUCCCAGCUUCACCCAGGCUCUCACACCUCCUC